UGCUAUAAUAGAGGCGCUGAUGGAUGAAAACACCUUAAACGACGCAAUGACCGCUCUCAGGAGUCUCAGGUUCCUCUCUGUUAAAUUAUUUAAAUCGACAAACCGAGAAAUAAGCUUUAAAUUUUAAUAGACAAUUGCGAUGCACGAGUAACGACACUAUUCGAUCGGGAAGUACCUAAGGCGAAGUAAGCGAGUCUUCCGCGUUCGCAGUGUUCGCCUGGCACAAUCCGCGUAAACAGUGAACAACGAACGAGGAACGUCGUCGAGAUAGCCAGCAGACAGUAUCGUACGGUAUCGUGGAAUAUUACGAGGAACAUGAGGGUUAUCGGUGUGGCUACUGCAAGCUCUACCAUGAAUUUCAGUCACGGUAUGUGGGCGCACACGUUGACGAUGCAAAACUAUCAAAGUUUGAUUGACAGGGAUUGGAGACAGAGCGCUGCUAUUGUUAUAAGACCUGCUGUCCUCAGUAUACCAUUAGAUGCUAAAUUUUAGGAUAUCAAAGUCUCAGAAAAAAAUUCUAAGAUGACUAAAUUUUUGAAAAAUGAAUUGACGAAUGAUAGUUCUGGAGGUACAAGUGAAGAUCAACAAGAUAAUAAAGAUAUAAGCAAUGAAGAGGCACUAAACUAUCCUAAGCAUUUGACAAAAGCGCAGAAAGAUAAAUCUCAGAUUGAUGUUUCAUCCGUCGAUGAUGAAGUUUGUGGAAGAUUGUCCAUUAAUUCAGUAAAUAUGGAAACUCGGAAAAAUUUGACUUCUGCAUUGAGUAGCGAUCAAGUGUAGUUAACGAAUUCCAACAGCAAAAAUAUCUUGCACAUUAGAAGUGAGAUCACCGAAGUUGAAAAUUUAAUAAUAGUUGUAAAUAUUUGUUAAAUAAUGCUAUUAUUAAGCUGGCUCUAUAUUAAAGAUUUAUCGUGUUUAAUUACGUUGCAACCACGAAAUUGAAUCAUAUCAUUUUUCUGUUUCAAUUUUACUCGAUUUUGAUCUGAUUAUAAACUAAUCGCAGUGAGUGUACGCGUAUCUUAUUACAAUAGUUAUUUUCUUCUUCGUCCGAAUAGAGAUUGUUGUUAAGUUAUUUAUUUUUUCAAAUUGAGAUUGGUUCGAACUGCCCCAAUAAGCUCCGAAUACCUAAAGACUUCGAAAGAAUCUUAUGAGCUUUACAAAAAGUAUCAGAACACGGUACAUGGUCGUUUGAGAAACUCACAGAGCAAUUUUUCUAAAUCAUAUUGUUUAAAAUCUAUCGUAUUUAGGUAAAACUAUCCCUACUUUUGAUUUAAAUUACACAUUUUUUAUUAUCAGAAUGUUAAAGUUUUCUAAGUUUUGCAUUGUAAUUAUAAGAACAAAAUGUACUGGAUAUUUGGUAUUAGAAAUAUAAACUUUCAAAAUA